AUGGCGAUGGCAGUCUGUACCUGUAUGGACCUGCAUUGUACUCGUGAAGCAAGCAGCAGGAUACUGAAGGAGAAGCUUGACAAGUUGACAACCUCCCCGGAAUUAUCGUCUACAGCUAGUCGCAGUCUCCAGCGGCAGCAAAAGGCCAUGAACAAAGUUCAUGACCUCGUCAUUGUAGGUGGCGGUAUUGCGGGCCUCUCGCUUGCCUCGUCGCUGCUGCAUGCGCAAACUACGCGCCACCUAUCCAUUGCGCUGAUUGAAGCCAACAAGUUUCCUGUAUUUGGCGCGUCCUCGCCCAUCUCGAACCGUACUUCUAGUCUAACAGGCACGUCGGUGCGAUACCUGGAGCGAUCUACGGCUUGGUCAAAUAUGCAUCUCGAGCGUACACAGGCCUUUGACGACAUGCACGUUUAUGAUGGUGUGUCAGACCAACAAAUUGAGUUCCACGAACCAAUUCGGAUUGCGACCAUGGUGGAGAACUUCAACUUGCAACAGGCACUCGUCAAAAGCAUCAAUAAGACCUCAGCCCAGGUGCAUAUUGCAAAAGUCGAAGGCGUCUCACAGCCAGAUGGCAGCGGCGGGUAUCCUGUUGUCCAGCUCAGUGAUGGGACUUCCCUGCAGGCGAGACUACUCGUGGGCGCAGAUGGUGGCAACUCCCCUGUCCGACAUUUCGCAGGGAUUGAUGUGCGUGGUUGGGAUUAUCCGCAUCAUGGCGUUGUUGGUACACUCACUCACACUGGCUAUGAGCAUCGUUGUGCGCACCAGCGGAUGCUGCCCUCUGGUCCCCUUGCCUUUCUCCCGCUACCAAAGGAUAAAGCGAGUCUUGUUUGGUCGAUACACCCGAAACACGCACAGCGGAUCAAGUCAUUGGAUGCGGACUUGCAGGUCAAGCUCAUCAAUGCCGCUUUCUCACUGUCCUCUGUUGAUCUCAAUUACAUACUGUCACUGGACACACCAGAAGCGCUAGCACAAGAAUUAGAUUGGCGCUUGUCGCUGCCGGCUGCGUCAAAACAUGCGCCGCCCACAUCCCUCACUGUGGAAAAUGUUGCUGCAUUCCCACUCAAAUUCAGACAUGCCGAGCGGUAUCACUCCCCGGCGCAUCGUUCCGUCUUGAUUGGCGACGCAGCACACACGAUGCACCCUAUGGCGGGGCAAGGUUUGAACUUGGCACUCCUCGACUCGGCUUCUUUGCAUGAAGCUGUUGUUCGAUGUGUGCAGCUUGGCGGAGAUAUUGGACAAGCGGGUGAAGAGGUGACGCGUGAACGAUACUGGGCAAAUUCGAGGACCAUGGGCGUUGUGGAUAAGCUUCACAAGCUGUACAGCAGAGAGGAGGGUUCUAUCGUUGGCGUACGCAGCUUCGGGAGUGGUUUCUUGAAUCAGUUUGAAGCGGUGAAACGGCGAGUCAUGUCGCAGGUUGGAUGA